AUGGUGACCACAUGUCCACCGAUGAACAGAUGUGAUACACAAUUCCCUGCCUGGUUGCGUGGAGAUCAUCCUACAGUGGCUGAGGAUACAGUCACAAGAGAAUUCUGCAUUCACACGUUAGAAGGCUGUUGCCAAGAAACAAUUCGAAUUCAAGUAAAGAAUUGCGGCUCCUACUAUAUCUACUGGUUGAUUCCACCAGGAGUUUGUUACGCCCGUUACUUUGACAUAUGUAAGAACUACGAAAAUCUGACAGAUGCAGGAAGAAAAUAUAACUAUACAACACAAACGUCCAAAUGUGACAACAAACUCAGUGGCUGGUAUCGCUUCCAAGGAGCUGCAGGAACAAAAAUGGUGACCACAUGUCCACCGAUUGACGGAUGUGGUGUACACUUCCCUGUCUGGUUGAAUGGAACUCAUCCUACAUUGGCUGAGGCUGACAUAUGUAAGAACUACGAAACCCUGACAGAUGCAGAAAGAAAAUAUGACUAUGAAACAAAAGACUCAAAAUGUGACAACACACUGAAUGGCUGGUAUCGCUUCCAAGGAGCUGCAGGCACAAAAAUGGUGACCACAUGUACACCGAUGAACCGUUGUGACGCAGACAUCCCUAUCUGGUUAAGUGGUGGUCAUCCUACAGUGGCUGAGGUUGAUGUAUGUCACCAUUACCAAAGUCUGACAGAUGCAAAAAGGAAAUAUGACAACGAUGGAAUAGUUGAUGACGAAUGUGACAAAAACCUCCAUAGCCAAGGCUGGUACCGUUUCCAAGGAGAUGCAGGCACAAAAAUGGGAACUACAUCUCCAGAGAAUAGAAAAUGUGGUGCGCCCUACUCUGCCUGGUUGAGUGGUGGUCAUCCUACAGUGGCUGAGGGUAUAGUCCAAAGAAACGUCUGCAUUAAUAAGUUUGGAGACUGCGACGAAGAAAGCUCCGUGGAAGUAAAGAAUUGCACCUCCUACUAUAUCUACAGGUUCUUUGAUAUCAAUGCGUGUCCCUUCCGUUACUGUGGCACUGACUAA